GAGAUGUAGCAAAACUGGUUAAUGUCAUCCAUUUAAGUAUUGAUAGUGGUUAAUUUAGCACAUUUGCGGAAAUGUUUGUGGGGUCGGGUAUUUUGUUUUCAAUAGGGUUUGUGUGGGAGACCUUGGUCACAUAAGGUCGAUAAGUUUAUGAAUCUGUUAAGGACAGAUGGAGAAUAUGUUGUGAUCUGAGAGUGUAUCGGAGUCAGGUCCUCCUUGUCUGCAGCAGGUUGAAGCAUGAAACCCAGCUGACAGAGUAGCUAUCAGCGAGGCGUGGGCUGCGUUCGCACAUGACAGCAGGUGAUGCAGAGAUGCGGCGACGUCUUUAGCAACAACACAGAUUGAAAGAGUUACAGUCGGGGUGAAGUGGACAACUGAAAUUGACAACUGAAGAGGAGAUACCACAAAUGAGAUAAUUCACUUUUGGAAAAAAGUUCUCUGCAGUUUUCAAGAUGGAUGCAGGAAGAUUGAGACUUGUAGUUGUGGUGUUGUUUUCUGUGAUUGUUUAUGUGACUGGCCAGGAUGUAGAAUAUUCAAUACUGGAAGAAGCAAAAGUUGGAUAUGAGGUCGGAGACAUCCCUCGUGAUACCAACCUGAAUGUGAACCCAGGUGCCAAGCUACAGUUUAGUAUACUCACAGAAGGGAACCGAUACAGCGAACUGUUUCUCAUAAACUCUGCAGGCAUUCUCUCAGUUAAGUCAAGAAUUAACAGAGAAACACUCUGCCCAUUCCAAAUAACUUGUAAACUUCAAAUUGAAAUUAUUGCCAGGUCGACAGCAUUAGAUAUUUUUCGUAAUUUGAAAAUAGAAAUCACAGUAAAGGAUAUUAAUGAUAAUGCACCAAAAUUUCCUGUUCAGUCACGGAAGUUAGAAAUUCCAGAAUCAUCAACUAUUGGAUCUUCUUUUACCCUCCCUGGUGCCUCUGACAAUGAUACUGAUCCCAAUAACUCUCUACAGAGUGUGGAAAUUAUUCCAAGCAAUGUGCCAUUCCGGGUAGAAUUCACCAAGAACCUUGAUGGGACAUCCGUGGUCCUGAUUAUAGUGACAGAAAAGUUAGAUCGUGAGACUACCAACACCUAUAAUGUGAAACUGAUGGCUGAAGACGGAGGAGUGCCACCUCUCAGCAGCAGCAUGGAUGUUCUGAUAAGCAUUACCGAUGUUAAUGACAAUUCUCCAGUCUUCAGCCAUUCCAUAUACAAUGUUACCAUCAAGGAGAACACAAAUUUAGAAAUGGUCAUUCUACAAGUCACUGCAAAUGAUGAGGAUGAAGGUGAAAACGGCAAUGUUUUUUACAGACUGAGUUCACAUCAAGCUGAUGAAAUCCAUCGUUAUUUUGCAAUGGAUAACAUGAGUGGAAAUAUGGUCCUGAAGCAACAACUGAAUAGUGGUCACAUCAAAGUCAUCAUUGAAGCCAGCGAUCGAGGAACACCACCAAAAAUAUCACAAGCUUUCGUAGAGGUUGAAAUACUGGACACAAUAAACAACCCACCGGCUAUAACUAUAAAUAUUCUGUCAGAGACUGGAACUGCUAAAGUGCUGGAAUCUGUUCGCAUUGGUUUCCCUGUGGCUCACAUAAAGAUUCUAGAUCCUGACACCGGCGCCAAUGGUAUAGUGACAUGUUUCAGUCAGACAGCAGGCUUUGAUCUGCAGCCACUUGACGACAAGGAGUACAAGGCUGUAGUAGCCAAACACCUGGAUUAUGAAACAACUACAAAUUAUAAAGUGAUGAUUUUCUGCCGAGAUGCCGGAAGCCCUAAACUUAAUGCCUCAGCAGAGUUUAAUGUGGAAGUUUUGGAUGCUAACGACAAUUCUCCUGAGUUCAUGCAGAAUGAGGUUGUGCUGAACAUUGCUGAAAACAAUGCAGUUGGAGAUAUGAUUGUCCAGCUUGGCGCCACUGACAAGGAUUCAGGUAUCAACAAGAAAUUAACAUUUUCUGUGUUGCCAGAGGCACGUGUUAAUUUCACAGUUGACACCAACAUCCCCAUCGUCCGAACAAAGAUCAGAUUUGACCGAGAGGACACGGCACAGUAUCAGUUCCAUGUUCUGGCCAUUGAUGGUGGUGUGCCUUCAAGAACAGCCACCGCAACCAUUACCGUCAAUGUCCUUGACAUCAAUGAUGAGCAGCCACAGUUCCUGGAGAAGGAAUACAGGUUUCACAUCCCAGAGAAUCUUCCCUUGGGUAUGGGGGUGGGGAACGUGUCAGCCUUCGAUCGGGAUACAGAGGAUGGGGGCAUAUUCUCCCUCAAACUAUCACAGCUCACCUCAACUGCCCAUCUGCCAUUUACCAUUCUCCAGAAUGGAACUAUUCUGACAACAGAGGAGCUAGACAGGGAGGAGAAGAAUAAGUACAUCUUCAGUGUAGUUGCGACAGACCAUGGUACCAUGCCACUGUCAGGGUCGGCCCAGGUGACUGUUGUUGUUGAUGAUGUUAAUGACAACGACCCAUCAUUUGUGUUCCCCAACGACGACAACUACAGCGUCAGUGUAUUCAUACCCUCUAAAUCUGGCAGUGUUGUGGUACGGGUCCAAGCUACUGACAGGGACGAUGGAAGUAAUGCCCAAAUCAAAUACACGUCUAGAGACUUGAACUCAUCAGGAUUGUUUGAAAUGAAUAACACCUCUGGUGAAAUCUACACGACUAGGGACAUUGACACGAGCAUGAUCGGCACCUACUACCUGGCCGUUAUGAUUUCAAAUACAAACCCAGAUGCCAAAUCUGUGUCCCAGAGACUGAAGAUAUUAAUAUCACACCGCACACAACCAGGAGAUUUCUUGCAGUCUAGUGACCAGUACAUCAUUAUCGUCAUUGUCCUGGUGUGUUCCACGUUGUUUAUUGCGGCAGCUAUUCUGGUAGCUUUAUGUUAUCUCCGCAAGAGGGACAAGGAUCAUCAGCUGAAGAAGCAGUGUCAACAGGAACCACUGAGUUACAGUCUACAGACCCCAGUCAGCACCGUUGAUGGAGUGACCAGUACGGACAAGGCCACCACUGGUCAUCAGAACGUCCUCAGAUCAGACAAGAAGGCUGACCUUGACACAUCUUCCAGCACCGUUAAUGGGAAAAUCAUUUCAACGGGAAACUGCCAACAUCAAAGGAAGUUAGCUGACAAGGUGCCCUCCCAUGAAGCCCCAGCCAACACCACAUAUUCCACCAAUGUAGAACAUGUUGUACCAGACAGGGAACAUCAGCGCCAGAACCAACUCAUGUCCUUCCGUUUACACCAGGCUCUACAGAGACUGAACAGUGAAACCAGCACCCAGGAACAAAACAAGAUCAUGGCAGCUAAUGCGAAGGUUAUCGAAUGGCGAGAUGCCCAGAAGCGAGCUGAUGACUUCCACAGUACCAGUUCCGGUGAAAUAACUACUGGUGACAGUGGACAUGGAAGUGAUGAAGAUUCCCACAUCCUCUCCGAGAGAUCCACAUCACCGCAGAAAAUACGCCUAGGUAUUGGUGCCAUAAAGCACCAGACCAAUCCGGGGCAGAUAACGCCACCAAGGUCAAAGGUGUCACCUAUAAAAGGAACUAAGAUGGCAGUUCGGGGUAGAAAUGGUCAAGUGCUAUAUCCAUCACAUUUCAAUUUAACAUCAAAGAAAGACAAUGUUGUACAAGGUGGUUUUAAUCCGUACACGUUACAGACUUCUCCACGGAGUGAGAUUGAGGACGGUGACGACACAACAACAUCCGGCAGCUACAGCAUCACUCUGGAUGACACCAAGUCGGAGCUGCCAGAGUUUGAUUAUAUACCAGUCAAAGAUGUGUAUGUGUGACUGAAAUCUUGUGUGAGUCAUGUGACAGUCACGUGAUAUUUUAUCCUGGAGGCUGAGAAUACUUCAGAACUUUCCAUAGACUGACACUGCAAGAGAUUAUAUACAAGAGUAUUCCACAGACUAGAGAUUUUCAGAAGAUCUGAGAUGUUUAUAUGGAAUUAUGUCUCAGUAUUGUUACCUGUGAUCAUAAAGCAAGUGUUGCUCAGUCUCUGCCAGAAGUAGGCCACCAGAACAGUCUGCCUUCAAACUUCAAAACUGUCAGUAAGGAAGGAGAGUUUGUCGAGUUGAAGGCGACCACGUUGUCCUGCCCAGUGUUACUGAAGGGUUACACUUGAUGACUGUGUUACAAGUGCCUUGUGUAGUGUCCGUUGACCAGUGUUUCCCCAGUCAUGUGUUGUUUCUAGUCGUCCUUCCUGCUGAAAGCAUUAAAUCAAAAUGUGUAUUUAUUUAUAUCAUUUCUGCAUUUUUUAUGUUGAGACUGAGCGAGAGUGAGAUACACUUGACAGAGAUUUUGUACUCAUCAUCACUGCUCUCAGCAUCUUGACAGCAACCUCAGCCACUGUACUUAAACUUCACUGCUUCAUUGUGCAGUGUUGUACUAUAUUGCAUCGCAAACUUGUCAUGGCCUGUCUGUUUUGGGCAUCUGUUGAAGUUUCCGGGGAUUGUUUGUGUGAGUAGGGGAGGGUUAUGGGAGUGGCAUCAGAUCAUCAACUUCUACAGGGAAGAUGUUUGUGUUACAGUGAUGAUAAAAAGUUGCAACAUUUUUGAGUGGUUAUCAUCCUGGUAUAUAGAAGAAAGUGCCUUAAAUUUUUGAAAACUUAGAUUUAUGACUUUGCUGAAAUCCAAGGACUGUAGCAACUUACAAGUGUACAAUACAUCAUGCUGACCUGUGUGGCUGUCACUGAGCCCUAGUGGGAUCAGAGCAAGCUGUCUGAGAGAGUUGGCUUCAACUGUGUGUACUUGUGUUUACUGGAGUAUUUUCUUAUCACUUGUUAAGCUUGAGAAGUCAGAUUCACCUGUAUAUAUGUCCAUAUUUGUUGAGUUAUUGUGUAAAUAAAAGUUAUCUGGACAAUGAA